AUGGCGCCCAUAUCACAGCUUCUCCCACCAGUUGCCAGCUUGUCCGGUGUCGGCUUGCUUGCGCUGGGGUCAGUGGCACUGCUGUAUAUCAUCAGCCGACUAUUUCUCAGCAUCCCUUACCCCAAGGGCAUCCCGCUCAUUGGCGAGCCUGAUGGUGCCACACGAUUCAGCAUCCGCACGUAUUUGCGGUUCUAUACCGAUUGCCAGGGUCUGUUCCGUGAGGCCUACGAUAACUAUACCAAGAAGGGAAAGCCGGUAAUCAUUCCAGGCAUCGGUUUCCGCCAUGAGGUCAUUAUGCCCACGAGCUCGAUGCGAUGGGUUCAGACACAGCCGGAAAGCCAGCUCGAUCCCAGCACCGCUUUUGCAGAGGUUGAUCAGGUUCAUUGGGCUCUUGGCCACGACCGAUAUGUGGUGGAUGCGUGGCAAGGUCACCUGGUCAAGACCGAGAUGAAUGCGAUCCUGGAGAACAUUUGCGCCGCCAUGAACGAGGAGCUCGGUACUGCCUUUGACAAGUGGUUCGGGACCAAUCCGGAGUGGAAGGAAAUCGACCUAUUUGAGUCGUUGAAAAUGGUCGUUGCGCAGGCUGCGAGCCGCUUCACCAUCGGCCCAGGCCUGGGCCUUUGUCGUAAUGAAGACUACCUCAAUCUCAAUUUCGAUAUUAUCAACCAGCUCAUCAUGAACGCCGGCGCUUCCGGAGCCAGCCCUCGGGUUCUUCGACCUGUUGUAGGUAGGGCUGUCAACUUCACGAUACAUGGCAAGAUCAACAGACUCAGGAAGAUGUUCGAGCCGCUUUGGAAGGAGCGUCUCGAGACUUUGAAGUACGCUCGCGAUGACCCAGACCACAUUGAGCCUCAAGAUCACCUGCAGAUGAUGGCCCGUUACGCCAAGGACCACCGCCAAGAAGAGUUCAAUGAUUUGGACAUGAUGACGCGCCGUCUGAUCGCAGCCAACUUCGGAUCCAUGCAUCAGACCAGUAUCCAAGCCACCAAUAUGCUUCUCAACAUUUUGGGAUCAGACACGGAGUUCAACACCAUCACGAUCCUCAGGGACGAGGUUGAUCGUGUACUGUACGCCGAUGGAGACAACAACUGGACAAAAGCCAAAGUGAGCAGGAUGCUCAAAGCCGACAGCGUCGCCCGAGAGACCCUGCGCCUGAACUCCUUUGGCGGACGUGCCGUCUUCCGAAAAGUCUUGGUCGACGGCUUCAAGACCCCCGACGGCUAUCACCUCCCCAAGGGGACCCUCAUCUCCUUCCUCGGACAACCCGCUCAGACGGAUGGCGAGGUGCUUGAAGACCCGCUGAAGUAUGAUCCCUUCCGCUUCUCCCGUAUGCGGGAGGAUGCAGCCGCAAAGGACGAGAAGGCGCCCCCGGUCACCUUUGUCACCACGAGCCCCGAAUAUCUGCCUUUUGGGCACGGGAAGCACGCAUGCCCCGGUCGAUUCCUGAUAGACUUUGAGUUGAAGAUGAUCAUCGCCUACGUUCUGGGUCACUAUGACGUGGAGUUCCCUCCUGAAUACAAUGGCAAGCGUCCGGAGAACUACUGGCUCACAGAGGCAUUGUUUCCACCAAACGGUGUGAAGCUUCGAAUCAGGAGGAAAACGGAAACCAAGGGACAGUGA